GUAAAUUUGAACGAAGCUUUUAUGCUUCGGUUGUGUGUGCACCGAGGCGUAUAAUUCAUGUUUAGCAUCGGGUCAGGUGAAUAACGAAGCAGUAUUGUUUCAUUAACCCUAAGCGCUCUUCGUUCUUCUUUUAUCUCCGCAGCAUCCAAAAGCCGUCCAACUUUCUUCUUCCUCUGCAUCUCCACCAUUGCUGCCACUGCUUGACGCUCCUCCCCGCCGCUGCUCGUCGCGCCUCCCCCGCCGCUGCUCGUCGCGCCUCCUCCGCCGCUGCUCGCCGCGCCUCCCCCGCCGCUGCUCGUCGCACCUCCUCCGCCGCUGCUCGUCGCGCCUCCCUCGCCGCUGCUCGUCGCGCCUCCGUGGCGGCGCUCCCCCUGCCUCUGUCGCGUUCUCCACCACUGCUCCCCUCCCUUGCUGCGCCUCCACCACCACUCAUUCACUCAUUUCUCGCCGCGCCUCCACUACCCUUGCUGUCGUGCCACCACCGCCCACCGCCCUUUACCUACCCUUCCUUUUGAGUUGGAUCUGGUUGGGUUCUAUCAUGAACAUGGAUCUGGUUGGAUCUGGUUGGGUUCUACUGAUGGAUCUGACUUCUUGCCGCAAAGUCCUUCCUUUUUCAAUCCCCUCUUUGACCCUUCAUUCUCCUGGCCAGCCUUGGAGACUAACCACGAUGAAUCCCAGGGUGCUGCUUUUGGAACACAACAAGAAGGCCACAACAACAACAACAUGGUACGAGUUUUCUGCGGAGGAAGGUGAGGUCAAGGAGUUGGUGCCAGCAGAGAAAGGUGGCUCCAAGGAAUUGUUACCAGGAUUACCUGGUAGACUGUUCAGAGACAAGGUUCCUGAGUGGACUCCUGAUGUUAGAUUCUUUAGGAGUGACGAGUAUGAUGUGCGUGGGUCACUAGCAGUACUAGGAUUACCAUCGGGAUUGACUCAUUUGGACGAGAUAUUGCGAGAAGCUGAUGGUAUCAUCCUCUAUAAAUUAUCUAGUCCAUUAGAUUCACAACUUGUUUCUGAUUAUUUGUUAAUAUUUCUUCCACCUUCAUGUUGUUUAUUAAUGGUUGUAUCUUACUUUGUUUGUUUUUCCAUUUUACGGUGUAUAGUGAUGCAAUAGUUCUAGGGGCAGACACUUUGCGGGGAUUAUAUCUUGUGGAGACUAUUUCCACUGUUGGAAAAAUUUGUGCCGAAGUGGGAACUAAAACUAAAAUGUAUUCUUUAAACCAUAAAGGCUUCUCAAUCCUGAUGGCAAUGGAACUUAAAAUAAAAAAAGACAUACUACCUCGGUUCAGAGGAACCGAGGCAUAAAAUUAUGUUGAAAAAAAAUAAAAAAAUGAAAAAUC